GUGCAUGCCGGGAAGGGUUGAACGAUCUCUAAACUUGCUCCUGGCUGUGCUCGCUGGCUUUUCGGAAUGGGGUUGUCUCAACACCUGUACCGUAGUGAUGGGGCUUGACACGCGGCUUGUUUCUCUGGAUACUUGAAACGUUCGGAUACGAUAUUGGACCGAGCUUGAGAGUACAUGGAUUACGUUCCUUUGGAUAACUUCUCCCUGAGGGCCCCCCUCCAACAGCUAGCAUCAGUGGACUGGUGUCCCCUCAUGCAGGGGUCGAGGAGGAGGGUGACGCUGGACUGGUGCUGCUGCGAGGAGCAGAGGGGGACGCAGGAGAGGAGGAGCUUGGGGCUCGCCGCCCCAUGAAUGCCUUUUUCCUCUUCUGUAAGCGGCACCGCAGCGUGGUGCGUGACCGCUACCCGCACCUCGAGAACCGUAGCAUUACAAAGAUCCUGGGGGAGUGGUGGGCAACACUGGAACCGCAGGACAAGAAGAUUUAUACGCAACUGGCGAAGCAGUACAAAGAAGCAUUCAUGAAGGCCAACCCAGACUUCAAAUGGUGCAAGAUGCCGACACCUCCGACCCGGACCCUCCUGACUCGCACAAAGGGUUCCAAGGGGGAUCCCAAAUGGGGAGGAGGUUUGGAUCAGGCAGCUAGUGGGACCCCUCCACCCAGGGAGCGUCAAGAAACACUAGAAGGAACUGAGGCUGGGGUGCCAAGGGUCACCAACUGCAGUCGAACGACGGCAGAAAAGUCGAAGAAUGAUCGUGGGAUGGAUCCUGCGAGCAAUUUCGACGAAAAGACUGGAAAGGGGUCGAGGGCAACAUCGACACCUCCCCCAUCUUCUAAACAGCAGCAGGCCCUUCCUGUGCCCCCACCAUCACACCCUCCUAUGAACUGCAAACCUCCAAAGAAGCGUUACUUGGAGAACAUGGAGAAUGGCACAUACUCUGCACCAUCAGCAGCAGCAGUUACAGUUGGUCAGCAGAGGGACAGUAAGUCUGACUCAUCAUCAUCUCCAUCGCCAUCACCUUCUCCAGCUCCUGUGGCAAUAUCGAGUGGAGGGAAUGGUAUGGCCACUGGGAGUGGUUCCAGCAAUGGUUCAAGCAUUAGGUCUGGAUCAAGGGACCAGCAGACUAGUAGUGCCUGUUCUGCCCUGUUGGAGCUGGCUGAAGGCUGCCAAUCUAACAAGCGAGCCACUCCACCCACAAGGCAUGCCACAAGACCUGUGCAAGAUGGGCCAGUAGCACCUCCAGGCUUUGGUCCUAUUCCUAUGUUUGAUGUGAGUGCGGCCAACAGGAUAAUAGACGAAGCUUUCAGCCAGCCUACUGUCUCUUCUUCGCCUUCUGCUGGAACCUCUUCGUCUCUGUCAACAAGCAUACCUUCCUCUGUGGCAACAUCUGUCUCACCUCCCACAUCCUCAUCUGCAUCAUCCAGCUUCUUUAACUUGUCGUCUGCAAAGUGUCUGGCUCAGACAUUGAACAGGCGUCCUGAAUCUGACGAACUGCCCCUUAACCUGUCCAAAGAGCGACCCACAACAACAAUAAAGACAAGCCAGCAGGACAUAAUCGACCACAUAAUUGAGAAAUUUUUGUGUGGGCCAAGCAAUGUUACUCCGAUGGAUGGGACUGUGUUCUCUGCGGAAGACAAUGUGCCGGCUGCUGCUCACAUACAGGAGGAAGGGGCUGGAAAAAGGGGAGAGGAACCCUGUGUUAGGAGAGAGGAGCCACCUCCCCCUCAACCUCGGAGGGAGGAGCUACCGGUGAAGAAACGGGAGGAAGUGUAUGUGGUAGGUGACGUCGAAGCAGACAAGGGAUGUGAUACAGCACGGACCCCGGGAAAGGGGAUGCGGCGAAAAGGGGCAGUAGAAAAGGGGGCUCCUCCUUCUCCUUGUAAGAGGGCGAGGGGUGGUGGAGAGGAUGAUGGUGGUGAGAGUAGCCCAGAGAGGGGAGGGGAUAUGAGGAAGAGUCAGAGGUCAUGCAAAGGACAGCGGUAUCAAGCGCUCUUGUCCGAGGGAAUGCUGGUGCCAGGGGCAAAGGACAGGAAACUGAUGGGCAAGGACGGCAAAAAGGGAGGUGAAGAAGAAAGUGGAGAAGGGGAGGAAGAGUGUGAAGCAAAAGGGAAACGCAAGAUGGCUGCAGGUGGCGCAGUUGGGAAGGAAGAUGAUGGAAAGAAGGGUGCCUCUGGCAGAAAAUCUAGUAGCCCAUUCAACCUGGAAGCAGAGAUUGCAGCACUUCCCAAAUGCAGCAUGGACUUGUUCACACGGAAAAAGAAGAAAAGGAAAGGAGAGGAGGAAACUGCCCAUGGAGAGUUUUCCUGUCGAGACGAUCGCUUCCAGAGCGACACGGACCCGGCCAAGGACCCGGAUUUCCGGCCUAGCGGAGGUGUGAUGCGCCGCAUUAGACAUCAACGUGGGGCAGGGUCUAGUAGUAGUCCGGAGAGAGAGUCCACUACUGGUGAAGAGGGAGCAAUGGGGCAGGGAUUUGCAUCGAACAAAUUCAAAACUGGUGACUUUGAUUUAGAAGAGCAUCUGGCUGCUCUGCCAAAAUGUGACAUCGAGGUUUUAAGUCGGCGGAGAAAAGCUCGGAGGAGGGACUCUGGCUCCUCAAGUGGAAAGCCAGGGGCCAAAGAUGCAGCCGACGAGGAUUCUACAGUAGAAUCUGAUGCAGGCACAGAUGCCACAGAAGAAAACGGGGCAAGGGAGGACUGGCACAGUGAGGAUGACGAUCAUGAUGACCGGCAACGUGUUGAUGACCGGUCGGAAAGAGCAGACAAGCGGCGUAAUAGGAAAGAAUGUAGUCGCCCGCAAGAGGAAUUCACCAACAGUCUAGCAGCACUGGCUGACAUAGCCUUGAGUCAGAAGGACAAGAUACACAAUUGAUGACUGCAUGUCAACUAGAGCGGUAAAGGUUUUAAAGAGCUUCACAUCAUUCCGGAACAUUGGACUCCUUCGUGAGAGAGUGCCCGGAUGCAUAGGACUAAGUGUGAACAGGGGAAUGUGCUCAGAAGCAGAGGCCUGGAAGCAUGUGAACAGAAUGUGUGUAAUGGACAUGGGUGACUUCCUUUUGCAAGGGGACAGUUAGCAACAUGCAAAAGGUUGUCCCUCUGUGCAAGAUCACUGUUGUGCAGUUCAAGAAGUUAGUGACAGUAGAAACGGUGUCUCCCUCUUUACACUUGACGGAUUGUAUAUCAGUUGCAGUGCUGCACAACCGAGGUAUUGUUUUGAUGUACAUGAUUUUACUUACUCUUGUGACUGUGCUGGUUUUUAUGUCCAUGUCUUAGCUGAAGUUGAUAAUUUACCUCUCCUGAAAGUGUGCACCAUUGAAUGUGGAGGUUUCAAUCUAUAGCAAAAACCUAAAAUUGGGUUUGCCUUGUUCGUUGACGCGGAACAUCUUCGGGGUUUUUAUAGCAGUGAGCCCUCUGAGCGGAGGCCCUUACGUAUCGACAGAUUUUUAGAAAGCCAGGUGUCGCCAAUGUAGCACACAGGAAACCAUUGUGACUGUUGAAGUAAAUGACAUUGUGCGUGUCAGUUAGGGUCCCCCAUUUACUGCUUUCCCUCUGGUAGGAUUGUAACUUAGCUUUUCUACUGUCUAACAAUGGCAACGGCAGAUAUUACAGUAUUAGCGUAGCUGAGACUGCAAAGCAAGAUCUCGAAUCUCUGCAGUUUCAAGCAUGCAGUACGAUUUAACCUAAUCACGUAUUGACACAGCCAACCUGCACCUGGAAAAUACAUGCAGACCAUCUAAAAAGGACCAUCAGAGUAUUUCUGGCUGUGAAACCUUUCGGAACUUCUCUCGAUCUGUAUUCUAAAAUGUAACGUUUGCGACCCCGGUCUUCCGCUAUUUCAGGGAGGUAGCGCUGGCCUGAUGUUCUCUAUGCAGGUAGGUAUUGGCAAAGCAGCGUUGAAGUACUGCACCAUUCAAGUACCAUACUGACCCCACCUGUAACACAUUUCUCUCGAGCAUACACGUUAACGAAACGACUAUACCCUAGGCAGACUUAUCUUAUGCCCAUUUUAAUUGUGCAGUGCGGGUUUAAAGGGCCAUUUUUCUACUCUGCACUUUUUGUACAAAGGCCAUUGUUAGAAUGUCAACUGGCAGUUGGAGGCCCCCACUCCAGCUGCGGAUAAAAGUACAAGUAAGCGUCUACCAACAGACUUCCGAAGGACCUGGAGUGUCGUGCUGGGCUGUGUUGUUUGAUAUGCAUCUGUGGUCACCGGAAUUAGUAAAGAAAAAUGCGCGAAAUCUUUGCAGAAAUCUCAAUCUCCUGCAACUUUGUACUACCUUAGGAUGCGCAAUUAAUGGUUGUGAUGUGUUAUCUGCCUAUUAAGAUUAGGUUGGCUGUAGCCACUGCACAUUACAGCUUUGCAGCCUUGGGCUCAGAGCACGCAGAAUGGACAUUGUACGAUGACUUGAGAAUUUUCAUAGUUCCAGUUCCCGUGAGUUGUGUGGAUUGUUGUUUUGCGGGUAAUACGUUCUCCUGCUGGAACUGGGAAAAUUUUGAGUAUCAUCAUACAGAAGCAAGCUACUGUGUAUCUAACAACAACAAGAAGCAGGAAACAAACAAGGGUCUUGAGUGAUGUCUGAUAUCAUGGUUUCGUAGUGUUUGCUACAAGAGGUAUUGUGGAAUUUGUCUGCUGUCCCCUGCUGCGAUCACAGUGACGCUUGAUGUUAAUCUUUGUUUUCGUUGCUGGAGUUCGUUUAGCGGAGGCCCUAUGUUAUAAGAGGUCCUAGCAAAUACAAGUUGCAGGGUGACAAUUACUAGGUAAAGUAAAGCAAAAAAAAAAAAAUGUAUGAAUGCAACUUUAGUAUGCCCUGAUUCAGUGUUCCAUGACAUACUGUAUGCACAGCACUUCAGGUCCUCCUCUAACGUACUGUGAUAGUGCUACAAAGUGAAGGCCGGAACAAAGUUUGUUCCUUAUAGUAAGCUGAGGCAUACCAUCUCUGAUGAAGGCGCUCUGGUGUGGAACUUCCUAGAUGCAAGCAUGGACUGCAGCUUUUUUUACUCUUCAUUGCUGUAGAAGACAUAGCAGUUAGGACACAGUAAUCUCACCCACAGCUUGGGACUCUGUUUGUUGUACAUUUUGCAGCUUCCCCCCUUUGUAAUGAGCGCAACCACGAUGUUGUGCACACACAUGUGAGAGGACCUGUCUCAUCACGCUACUGGCAUCUCUCAAGUGAAAGUGGGCUAUUACUGCCAGCCUUGGUAUGCUGUAGCCACAUACGACUUUUUCUAGACCUUUGCUGGGAUGUCUGUAAGGCAUCCUUGUGGGAUGUCCAUUAGUCACUUCACUGUAUAGACAUAUAUACAAUGCACAUUGGAAAUUAUGCACAAGACUUUUUUGAGGCAGGAAAAUAGAAAUGUACAGUAGAGAAAAUGUUCUUUUUUGUGUGCAGUGUCUUAGAGAUAUGUUUGUGAUGUUUCUCUGCUUUUAGUUUGCUGCUGGCUGACAGGUUCGACUGGUGGUGAAGCACUCGGUGGGAUGGCAUCACAGAUGAUGUCGGAGUUGAGCUCUUAGUGAACAAAUAUGUGGAACACUGUUGAGGGUAGUUGGGAUGGACUGUGUGAAGUGGACUGACGAUCAAACUUGUGCAUGAUGCUCUGGUAAUUUCAGUAUAUUUUGUCUUUGUUUUUCCUAUCUGCAGAGCGGUUUCUGAAUGCUGAAUAUGUGUAUGCAGCUUAAUCUUGUUUGAACAUCUGAUGCUAAAAAAAUGCAGUGCAUCACUCACUUUGGAUUGCAGUACAGACAGCAGAAGUACCUCCUUAUAGUGGCAAUCUUUCGGUAAUUUAGCUUGAACCUUUUAAGAUUGAGCGUGCUCAUAAAGUUAUUGAUACUCAUAUGCUUAGCUUUGUAAAAAAUAAUAACUUUCGUCCAGCUAGAAAAUGAUUAUAAGUGUUCCAAAAAUCCUGCAGCCGGCUACAAAUCCUUGUUGUAGUGCAGGCCAUGCGACUGCCUCUCUUUUCUGUACUAUGCGAACCGUGAUGGGUGCGUAGCAAAUUGAGUAUUGAUGUGCACACCAUUCUUGAGCCAUAGGUAUCUAGACUGUCUCAUCUGUGGGGGCAUAAAAGGGCUGCAUCACCCCAAAUUCAAAAAGAAAAGCUAAGAGAGAAAUAAUCCUUUUUCGCCUUCUGAGAACAAGCAACACCCAUGCCUGGGAUGUUAGUGCUCUUCAGACUUAAUUUACUUGCAAUGCAAUUUUAAUUCUACUUAGGUUCUUUUAUCCGAGAAUUCGCACAGCAAAACACGCUGAUCUGACAGUACACCCACCUGUGACCUAUGCAUGUCGAGGACUAGUUAUCCAAUACCCAAGCGUUUGGUUGAUAACGGCAUUAUAGGCGUUGAACGGGCUUGAGGCAUCCCACGAUUGUGACCCCUUAGUGUAAGAAUGCAAAAUUUAAAAACUGUCCAGGUAUGAAGUUGCGAGCGAGGAAUAAUCAGUUCUUCAGAAAGCUCUCCUGUGGGCAGCGAAGUUUGUUUCUGUGUUCUCUACUAUCUACUGCUGCUGUGCAAUUCAUUUUGUGCAGGAGGGCUCUACAUGAGUGCCUGGAUGUUCUUGCUUGUAGGUUCAUUCCUGGAUAGCUACAAAUUUCAAAAUUAAAGCUACACAUGCACAAAAGAACAUGUACGUGUGAAGUUUCAAGCUAGUAUGAUGCGUGGAAUGUGGUAAACAACCGAAGAUUCAGUACAGCUUGUCUGGUGAAAGCACCUUGUACCCACUUACCCUCUUGGGGUGAGUCCAUGGGAGUGGGAACAACUGCAGGCAAAAUUUUGUAUCAGAAUGAAGGUAUGACUUCCAGGAAGUGACAACUGGUUUGUGUGUGUGUGCGGUGUUAGUAUGCUUGGUUUGUAUACUUAUGAAACGAACACAAGUUUUGUGAUAAAAAGUGAAGGAGUGUCAAGGGAGCGUUUGUAAAAAAGAGAAACGUGAUUUUGUACAGCUGCUGCCCUUGAUUAUCAUUAUUUUUCUUUUAAUGCAGCAUCUUUUAUUAUCUAUUGAAAGUUCUGUAGAGGUUUUGUUAUGUACAUGUUUUUGGUGCUGCAGAAAGAGAUUAUUUAUCAAUUUCGAUUGUGCAACGUGAAGUAAUAUUAAAGGAGAGAUCUCGA